AUACGAAUAAUAAAGAAAAAUGGAAAAUUGAAAUUCAUCGAUAACUCUGGCAGGCGAAGACAACUGAUAGGAACUGGAAGCCAUCAAAAGCUGUUAUCCCCAAAAGACUAAUCUCUACAAUUCCCAAUUCCCAACCCAACCAACCGACUUAAAUUUAUUCAUUUUUAUUUUAUUUUAUAUAUUUAAUAACACAGAAAAAAAUAUAUACACUGGUGGUGGUGGUUGUUGUAUAAUUCUGUUGUGGAUUGACGAGGAAGAAGAAGAAGAAGACCAUCGACCAUGGCGAUGCGCGAGCUUGUGACUGGCGGAGCAGCUUGUGCGGUUCCAGGCUCAUCUUCUUCCGCCAAUCCUUUCGGUGCUCUCGCCAACGCUCUUAUCGGCUCUUCUUCCAAGACACAGGAAAGGUUGAAGGAGAUACCUCAAUCCACGCCCACAGCUUCUGAGCCGCAGUUUUAUCCGGACGCCCAUGGCCACCUGCAGCAACUCCCUGGCUCGGAGUUUGAGCAGCCGUUUAUGCAACCUGGCACUCAGAGCUCGGACUUUCUUCGAAACUUCAACUCUGUUGACGGCAAUAGACUACUUGACAAUGCAUGGGAUGAGAUACAGAGUUCUCAACCUCCGCCUAUGCAUGUUCCUCAACUUGACCGCAUUUAUGAUCUUGGAGCUGCUCCUCAGCUUCAACCGACUUUGGAUGGGCCACCACAAAGGGUGUUGUCAAGCUUUUUGCACUCAUUUGUUGAAAGUAGCCGUGGUGGAAUGCCUUUCCGUCCGGCUCCACUUCCAGUGUUAGGAUUGUCCGCUGGUGACAAAUGGUGCAUACGUGAUCGCACCAGCAUCAUGGCCCGACAUUUUUUUGCAGAUAAAAGUGAAGAUUUUAUUAAUGGGCAGGUAAAUGCACUUCUAUCUUCUUUAGAUAUUGAGAGUGAUGUCAACAGUAAAGGACCUCUGCCUGCAAGGUUUCGGGAACUGGAGGAUUAUUGGAAUGAAUCCCAAGCUAUAAUGAAACCUGGUGCUCACGCUACAGAAGGAUGGGUGACUGAAUUUAACCAACACAGAGUAGAUCAUGGUGAUCCUAAUGCGUGGGCUCACUCAUUUGAGCGACAACAUGGUGCCAAUGGUUGGGCCUCCGAAUUUGAGCAGGAACAGUCCCAGUUGAUGUCUGCAGAUCAUAUGAGAGGUGCAAAUAUGGCAAACUUAGCUGCAAUGGAGCAGACUCGUAUGCUUGCAAAUACACUAGCUCAGAAUGAUGACCCAAAGUUUCAGAAGUCGAGGUUUCUCCAGUUUGUGUCAAAGAUGAGUCGUGGUGAACUCAUUAUCGAUGAUAAUCAAGUCAAGCCUGCCGCAUCAUCUGCAUCUGGGGAUUGGGCAGGGGAGUAUCAACAACAGUAUAAUGCAGGUCCUAAUUGGGCUGACGAAUAUGCCGGUGGUGAGCUAUCUCAUGGACCCAAUCAAUGGGCAAAUGAGUUUGCUUCUGAACAAGAGCAGCAUGGGUCAGUUGAUGAUCAGUGGGUCAAUCAGUUCUCUAAGUUGCAUGUUGAUGACUGGGCAGAGGAAUUUGGAAAUCAGGUUGGUGAAGGAAUCUUGGGGGAUACUUCAGCUGAUACCUGGGCUAAUGCAUAUGAUGAGUACCUAAAUGAGCAAGUAGCUUCCAAACAACAUUCUGAUGCUUCAAGGGGGGUCUAUGUGUUUUCUGAUAUGAAUCCUUAUGUCGGUCACCCAAACCCACUAAAAGAAGGCCAGGACAUGUUCCACAAGGGUCUUUUGAGUGAAGCAGUGCUUGCUUUAGAAGCUGAAGUUCUCAAGAACCCUGAAAAUGCUGAAGGUUGGAGGCUACUUGGAAUAGCACAUGCAGAAAAUGAUGACGAUCAACAGGCCAUUGCAGCUAUGAUGCGUGCUGAGGAGGCUGAUCCAACAAAUCUCGAAGUGCUUCUUGCUCUUGGAGUGAGUCAUACAAAUGAAUUGGAGCAGGCUGCUGCUUUAAAGUAUUUAUAUGGAUGGCUACGCCAUCACCAAAAGUAUGGGGUGCUUGCCCGACCAGAGCUGUCGGAUUCUUUGUACUAUGCUGAUGUUGCUAGAUUAUUCAAUGAAGCUGCUCAAAUGUCACCUGAAGAUGCUGAUGUGCAUAUAGUACUUGGUGUCCUUUACAACUUGUCAAGAGAAUAUGACAAAGCCAUUGAGUCCUUCCGAUUAGCUUUGAAACUAAAGCCGCAAGAUUACUCUCUCUGGAACAAGCUUGGAGCAACACAGGCAAACAGUGUUCAGAGUGCUGAUGCGAUAUUGGCUUAUCAACAGGCACUAGAUUUGAAGCCUAAUUAUGUUCGUGCGUGGGCAAAUAUGGGUAUCAGUUAUGCCAACCAGGGUAUGUAUGAGGAUUCCAUUCGUUACUAUGUCCGAGCACUUACCAUGAAUCCGAAGGCAGAUAACGGUUGGCAAUAUUUGAGAAUUUCUUUGAGCUGUGCUUCCAGGAAUGACAUGUUGGAAGCCUGCGAUUCUCGGAAUCUAGAUGUUCUGCAGAAGGAGUUUCCUUUAUAAUGUUCGUAGUUCUUUUGAAUUGCUGGAUGAGAAUAACUGGGUCCAUCACUGAAUUGAGAACCGAAAUAUGCAGAGGCUCAUAAUGAAGAACACGGGUUCAUGCUUAUGGUUCAUCCUGUGCCGGUUUUGGUAAAAUUAUCCGAGAGUCGGAAGAGUAAGUGGGGCAAUACGAACUCAUCCAAAUGAAAUAAAUUAAAGUACUUCAAAAAAUAAUACGUCAAUGUGUAAUGUUUCUUAUGUAUAACACAGCAAAGCAUAGUUAUAGUUUACAAUGAGAAAGGGCACAAUGGUGGUAGGCCUUGUUUAUAGCUGCUGUAGUUGUUUUGGCUAUAAUGUCAUAGCUGAUGAACUUAAAACAGAUGAUUUGUCAAUUCUUAGAAGAAAUUUCAGGUAUAAAAGUUGAGAUUGCCCCGUACUUUAAAAGAACAAAAAAA